AAAAUAGGAGAAUAUAUAUAUGCGCUUGACGUAUAAAUCUGCGCUGCAACCACCUUUUUUUCCCAAUUGUGGGUUCAAUAAAAGUCUAUUCUAUUAGCAUUUUUAAUAGCAUUAAAUGCUGAAUUUCCCCCAGGGAUCCAUAAAGUACUUCUAUUAUAUUCUAUACACAUGUGGGCCAAAAUAGUAGAAAUAUUUACAAAUGUGAGGCAAUGAUUUUAUGUAAAUUGACAUAAAGUCGUCCCUUGUUUGGCUACACGACAUGACCGCAAUAAAUGAUCUCUGCGAAGAAGUAAUCAUUAUUUAUACAUUAUAGAGCAAAAAAAGAUUAGUUUAUGAAAAAUCACAACAACAAAACAUUUAAAUGUCCCCAUUGGGUAUUUUGUGUGUAUGAUUUUUAAGGACACAAUGAAUUUAUUCAAUUUUUGAAAAUGGCAUAAAUUGUGGAAAAACUGAAUUGCUGUGAAUACUUAAUGGAUGAACUGUAAAGAUGAAAUGUAGUAUUAAUUUAUUCAAUUGCCAAAUUGGGAAAUGAGCAAACAAACCUGUUUUCAAGGCUUGCAUGGACGUUUUUAUGGAUACUUUUUUCUAUGGACUUGGAUUUCGUCCCCUGUUAAUAAUCACUGUUAAUUGGAUUCAGACAAGUUUGCGACGAUAUGAAGUAGAAAUCAACAAUUAUAAAUCAAAUAUUUUCAUAUAAAAAACCUGUUAACAGCCUUAUAAAUUAGUUGUUCAAUACUAUAAGAUCCCUCUUGACAUGAAAUGACACCCUUUAGUCACUUUUACGCUCUUUUAAUCUAAUAUAAUAAUGUUGCCACGAUUCUAUAGUGUGCGGUCUGAUUGGUUUGGUCUCUUCUAGUGGCUAAUACUACUGUACCAUUGAUAUUUUGUCUAUUUUGCCAUGUUUAUGCUUGAAAAUGCGGAAUAUAAGCCCAGUAUAUGGUAUAAUAUGCUUUUUAAAAAAUCAACAAUGUAGUGAAGCGAGAAGUCACAAGGGCUGGCUACUGAAGUUACCAGUAUUAUCCAGUCAGACCUGUGUACCCGACCAAUUUUAGACUGUUUCUAACAAGAUCGGUCAAAAGGUACUCACACGACUACAGAGCACCAUGACUGCUUGAGCUGAUACUCUGUGGUACUUCCGCAUUAGUUUUUCCAUCCAUCCAUCCAUCCAUCCAUUUCUACGGCGUGUUUCAACAUGUAAAAAUGCCCUGUUGUGCAACACGGGGCUGCUCCAUCUGCGAAAAGUGUGGAAACUCUUUAUAUUGCUUUCCCCAAAACCUGGAAAGGUGACACCAAUAGAAAGUGAAGGUUCGCCAUCAACACUGGAGAGCCACAAACUACAGUGUCUUGUGUGAGGUGAACACACGGCACAAAGUCUGCGUUUUGUUCAAGAGAGAAGACACAGAAACUAAUACAAAUAAUAGACAAAAUCAACAAUUAAAAAGAUGGUUUGACAAAAACAGACUAUCCUCAAAUCUCAGUAACACUAAAAUGUUAUCCGGUAAAGACUGAAGAAAAAAGUUAAGUACAAAUACAACAGACAUUGACAAAGUACAAUACAUUAAAUUUGGGGGUGUGAUAAUUGAUGAUUAAAUGAAGUGGAAAUCUUAUAUAAAAAGUAUACAACAAAGUGGGAAGAAAUAUUUAAAUAAUGAAUAUAGCGAAAUAUGUUCUGGAACAGCUACAAUCGGGCGGAAGGCGGGGUACACCCUGGACAAGUCGAGGCGCCAGCUCCCCCCGCGACCCCAAAAGGGAAUAAGCGGUAGAAAAUGGAUGGAUGGAUGUUCUGGAACAAAAAUAUCUCUGUAUUCUUUACUGCUUGCCAGUGUUACCAUAUCUGAGUUAUUGUGCAGAAAUAUGGGGAAAAAAGUACACUUAUUCACAAACCAUGUUACCAAAAAGAAAGAUCAGUUAGAAUAACACAUAAUGUUGGCUAUCGAGAACAUUCAAACCCUUUUAUUGUUUCAAUCCAAAUUUAUGAAAUUCAAUGUUUUGAUGCAUUUCCAAACAGUUACAGUUAUGUACAAAGCUAAAUAAGUGUAAUAAGUUUAUUUUAUGGGUCGUUCUGUGUAUUUCUUUACAUGUAUUGUGCCAUCUGGGAGCAAUAAAUGUCAGAACGAUUGCACUUGCAUGCCUACGGGAGCACACAUUUGGUAGCAAAGAUGGCACCUCUUGUUUAGUUGGCCAUACUCUUUCCAUAAAGGCUCUGUGUCCAGUGUACUAGCGCACCCCCUACAGAUACUUUUGCUUAAUCGCAUCUCAGAAUUAAAUCCUAUUUGUCAGUGCUAAGGCUAACAUUUUAUAGAUAAAAACAUAUAGUAACUGAUCCAAGUUGACUUUAGACUGUUGAUGUAUUGUGUUUUUUCAAAGCUAAAUUCCAACACGCUGUAAACUGUAAAGGAUACUCUCAGUGCUCCAGUGUCACCUUCUUACAUAGUGGUGUUGCCUGUGUGAAGAAGAUUAGGCAGCACAGAGCUUAGUGGUGGUGUUACUCCUCUCAUUUUCUUCACUCUGGCUAAUGUGCGAGGAUGGGCGUGUGUUGCACACCACCAUAACUUUCUAGAUCUGCUCAGCAAAAAUAAUGACGUUUAAUCCUUUGCUGCUGCUGCUGUUCACAUCCUUCCAGAGGGCAACUUGUCAAAUGUCUGAAUGGAUUGAAGAGGUAGAAGGUAGUGGUGAGACCGAUUGGAUCCCCCAACCAAAUUUUCUAGGGGAUAUCUACUGGUCAGGGACAGCCCCACUUUGUGUAGGAGGCUGCAAGGCGCGCCACCAGGAGCUCAGACGAGAUCCUUGUGGAGACUCCAGCUGCUGCUGGCUGGGAUACAAAUCCCUGUGCCGAGUGAACUGCGGGAGGCCAGAUGUGGACUACAAUGGGAUCGUGUAUGGAAACGACUGGUGGGUGGGAUCCGUGGUGAGCUACGCCUGUCGUCCUGGCUUCAUGCUGGUGGGAAACACCACCAGAACUUGCCUGUCCGAUGGCCUCUGGACUCCCAAACCUUCCUGCUUGAGAAUGUGCAAAAGGGGCUCCAUUGAAAUCAGUGAGGGGGAACUGAACGGGACGUGCAACUCCACCUGCGCCUAUAAAAGUUACUCAGGGCCUCCCAAGCUGGGCUGCACUCAGAUACACAACUGCAAGCAGAAGAAGACCGGCUGGAAGCGCUUCUUUGCUCAGUGUGUGCCCUGCAUCUGCGACUGUGGUCUGUCGUGCUUAUCCAGAGGCUGAGCGAGGACUGACAGUAAGAGGACGUGCUGAGGAUGCAAGUGGCAAUCUUUCAUGACAUUCAUUGAAUUCCUUUUGCAUUUCUUUAUUACUCCGGUUUUGGACGACACAACACUAUUCGGUGGAAUAAGGUCCUACUGCAGGGGUCGGGAACCUUUUUGGCUGAGAGAGCCAUGAAAGCCAAAUAUUUUAAAAUGUAUUUCCGUGAGAGCCAUAUAAUAUUUUUAACACUGAAUACAACUAAAUGCGUGCAUUUUAAGUAAGACCAACAUUUUUAGAGUGUACUAAGUCUCUUAUUCUUUUUAAUAAAAUUGUUAUUCUGAAGCUAGUAAUAAACAGUAAUAGUAAAUAGUAAACCAGUAAUAAAUAAAAUAAUUCUACAAUUAAUGCAACUUCUUGAACAGGUGCGGUGGAAAACGGAUGAAUGGAUUAAAAUGCAUGAGAAUUUUUAAUAUUUUGAACGUUAGUUAUAUUUUGAGCGUAAUUAUCAAUUACUUAUCGUGUUAAGCAAUGUCAGCUAAGAUUUAUCUGAGAGCCAGAUGCAGUCAUCAAAAGACCCACAUCUGGCUCUAGAGCCAUAGGUUACCUACCCCUUUCCUACUUGAUGAAAGGCACUGGAAAAUUCACUUUACUAAUGAUCUCAGCCCAACAUAGUGAAUCACGUGUAUGUUUCACUUCAUUUCUGUGCUCUUUGGAAGCACAGCAGGAGUGAAAGCGUUUAGAUUAGCGGCUCCUGAAGUAAUUGAAACCUUAAUCUCAUUGCUAACAGGAGGAGCUCCAGUCUGGAAGCUCGGAUUCACAUUUAACACAGAAACAGUACACUGUUGUAAUUUUUCAUUAAUGAACUAACUACACAGUUUUUGUGUGUGGAAAGCAUUGUGCAAAAUUUAAAGUGUAAAUGUUACAGUUGGCAUGCUGAUGCUGUGUUGAUCUUAUUAACAAGAUCUUAAUGUACCUGAUGGUCAUGUAUUAGCAGCCUCUGGUGGCUGACGCUAACUCAUCACAUCACAGCACCCAUUAAAAUAUUGUAACUUUUCUAAAAGAUUAAACGAAAAACCAAAAGAAGAAACUACAACAUUUAUGUGACUUUUUCCACUCCACUCUGAAUGAUGUUUAUUUGGACCAAGUGCUGAACCUCAGCACAAUGUGUUCAUUUUCUGCUGGGGUGUAGCAGCCAAUUCCUGUACAGACAUGAAAAAAAGUGUUAGAUUGUUAUACUAUCUUAUUUUAAAAUAUUUAUGCUAUAUAUUAUUUUGUUCCAAAAAAAAUCCUGUAUUUCCCACUUUUCUGUAACUCUUAUUUUCUACUAAAAGUGUUACCACGUCCAGGUUUCUCAACUUAUUCAAACCGUUCCUUCAAAAUGUUAGUCAACCACUACAAUGUUGUUACUUCACAGAACUGUAAAACUGCAGGAUAGCAUUAGCAUGCCACCUUUUUUUUUUUUUUAAAUGUAAAAUUUCAAAUGCAGGUGUACACCUCAGCAUCAAAUAUUGUUUUACUUAGCGCAUGUUAAAAGUUAGCAUCCCUCCUUUUUAAGUUAAUUUUGCAGGUUUACACCUCCUAGUCAAAUAUUUUGGUACUUCACAAAACUGUAAAACUGCAUGGUAACUUUACCAUGUUAGCAUGCCACCUUUUUUAAAAAUUCAUUUUGCAGGUGUACACCUCAGAGUCCAAUAUUGUGUUACUUCAGGCAUGUUAAAUGGUAGCAUGCCAGCUUUUUUUCUGGCUCAUUUUGCAGGUAUACGUUUCAGAGUCAAAUAAGUGUUACUUUAUCAACCUUUAGUAUGCACCUUCUUCAUUAAUUUUGCAUACAAUGUCAACCCCUUGGAGUCAAACAUAUUGUUACUUCACGUGUGCUAACUUUUAGCAUGCUACCCUAUUUGCUGAUUUUCCAUAUAUAAAUUGGCCCUAGUGUGUGAAUGUGAGUGUGAAUGUUGUCUGGCUAUCUGUGUUGGCCCUGUGAUGAGGUGGCGACUUGUCCAGGGUGUACACGGCAUUCUGCCCGAAUGCAGCUGAGAUAGGCUCCAGCACCCCCGCCACCCCGAAAGGGACAAGCGGUAGAAAAUGGAUGGAUGGAUGUCAGAGUCAAAUAUUUUGUUUCCAGGUGCAUGCUAAAUGUUAGCACGCUAUCUUUUUGCAGGUGUACGUCUCAGAGUCAAAUAUUUGUUACUUCACAUAUGCUUACUGUUAGCAUGCUACCUUCUUCACUAAUUUUGCAUAUAGUAUAUACACCUCGGAGUCAAAUCAUUUAUUACUUCACAUGUGCUAACUUUUGGCAUGCUACCUUCUUUGCUGUUUUUGCAUAGCCUCAGAGUCAAAUGUUUUGUAUCUUGAUGCGAGCUAAAUGUUAGCAUGCCAUCAAUUUUUUCUGGCUCGUUUUGCAUGAAUACGUCUCAGAGUCAAAUAUUUGUUACUUUACAUAUGCUAACUGUUAGCAUGCUACCUUCUUCACUAAUUUUGCAUGUAGUAUUUACACCUCUGAGUCAAAUCAUUUGUUACUUCACAUGUGCUAACUGUUAGCAUGCUACCUUCUUCAAUAAUUUUGCAUAUAGUAUAUUCACCUCAGAGUAAAAUAUUGUGUUAUGUCACGUGUGCUAACUUUUAGCAUGCUACUUUCUUUGCGGAUUUUGCAUAGCCUCAGAAACAAAUAUUUUUGUUUCCUUGUACAUGCUAAAUAUUAACAUGCUAGCUUUUUUUAUCUGCCUCAUUUUCCAGGGAUACACCUAAAAGCCAAAUGUUUUGUUUCUUUCCGCAUGUAAAACGGUAUCAUGCUUCAUACUUUAUGCUUCAUGCUCCAUACUUCAGCUGAAAUGCUAUCUUUAAUGACAUCAAGUUGUUCGAGAUUGUGAUUUUUGACAUGUUUACAUGACAUCCUAAUAAACGGUCAUUUUCGAAUCAUGUUAAAAAAUGUACUGAUCUAAAAAGAAGCACCUGCACACCAAGUUCAAAAGGAGUUGAAAGAAGUAUUUUGAAAGGAAAAUAACAGAGAUGUACUUCCCAACUAAUGUUAAAAGGCUAGUAAUGUAUACAACUACAACAACUUAAACUUGCAUUCCUGUUAUGUUAAAGGGAAAAUUAAAACAUUUUAGGUCCUUUGGUGAGAAAGUUGAACAAAUCCCUUCACCCCACAAAUAAUAUUUCAUCUGAAGAUACAAGUAUUUGUAUCUUUGCAUUGAGUUAUUACAGCUAUAUUUAAGGUGAAUAAUCACACACACUAAUAGGUGUCCCGCAGCAGGAAGUUGACCAAAAACACAAAAUCCCUUGCCUCAUUACAGCUCAUUAAGUGGCUCUCAGAUGAAAUGCACUCCGGGGAGGUUACUCACCCACAUCGAAGCGCGUGUACUCCCCCGAGUUUUCUGACAGAAGCUCCCAGUAAGUUUGAUCCUUGUCAUUUCCAGCCACGCCGUUCACACUCUCCAGAAACAGACCAAAGUUAGGGUCCUCUUUCAUCGUGAACCUGGUGGGUGCAAACCAUUAGAGCACUGAAGUAAACUGCUAUAAGAAAAUAGAUAUACUGUAGAGUGUGGGUUGGAGUCUCACUGGAAGCCUUGAUGGGCCUCCUGUAUUCUCCUCAGAGCACCUAGCAGCACCCCUCCCUGCACCACUGAAGUGAAGUAGGUUUCAGGAGUCAUGUUGGACAUUUCGUUGACCACCGACAGCUUGAUGGCAAGAGGAGCCUGACCUGCACAACACAACAUAAUAGUUCUACGCAGCAAACUAUAACCACAAUUAAAACAAAAACAUUCAUACAUUUAUUCUCAGGGCAUUCAAUUGUCGUAGAAGAUGUUUCGCCUCUCAUCCACCAGCUUCAUCAGUUCAGAUCUAGUCUUAAACUUAGAUUGGUCUGAUGUACAUCUGACCAAUCUAAGUCUAUGAGCAUGAACUGAUGAAGCCUACUUAGAUGAGUGACAAAUAGUCUUCUAAAACAAAACAAACAAUCCAGUAGCGACAAUUGAAUGACCUGGAUGAAUAAGAACAUCCAUAGACAUUCACACAUUUUAGUUAAUGGAUCUCAACAUUUACACUCACCUCCAUUCGUUAGCACCACUUGAAUGGAAAACAGCAGAAAGCCCGCAAAGAGCAGAGUCAUUCUUCCUAGCGCCAUCCUGUAUGAUUCCUUCCUUGCUGCUGGCUUCUACUUAUAUUCUACCUCCAACCCCUCACCUUCCUUCAUGUGACCGCUUGGUAAAUAAAGUGUCUUGAGGUGAAACUACAAUCUCAACUGUAACACAAGCGCCUUCCUUUCAGUCCGUGUAUGUCGGCGUAAAUCAUUUCUUUGAUAAA